GGAUCAUUGUUUCUAGACGGACUGUAAAUAUGUCUGUACUAAGGAAGUUACGUUUCUUCACGUCCGAACAAAUCACUCGUCUGGGAACCAAUCUGCGAAAAGCUAUUUUUCUGAUAUUUUAUUUAUUUUUUACAAUUAUUAAUGUUACAGCUUAAAAUAUAUAUUAACAGUUUCCAUACAGAGCAUUUGCACUCGAAUAAUGACUACUAGCUUUUGCACAAUCGAUAAUAUUAUCGCCUUACGCAAACAUUACAGAACGGUAGCUACUGAUUUCCUUUUAUAGUCAUAACCCUGCAGGAGCUCACGUGCCAGGUUUGUUUAAAAAGUAAACAAAAACAUCAAACAAUGUUGAAUGAUCGCUAGUUACCUAUUUUGUUUAUUUGAACACGAAUGCAAUUUACUCCAAAUACAUGUUUUCUUAUCUUUUUUUAUUUUAGAGUAAAGCUUAUGAAGAGGGCUGCUAGCUAGCUAGCUUCCUGACGUUAUGAUUUUGCAUGUUUUGCUAGCCAGCUAGCAAGCUUAGUAUAGACAUAGUGGCACACUAGUAAAGUAGCUAGUACACAGUAACAUAUGUAUCUAGCUGUACUGUCCAUAUAGUAGGCCUAAAUAGCUAGUCCAAAAUACCUUGAUUACCAUGACAGCUAGCUACUUAUAUAACAUAGCUUUACUGCCAGGUUGAUUUAAAUUCCUAGCUAGCAGUUUCAAGCUUUAGUCUCUAAUCUUUUAACUCGAUUAACAUAUUGACCUUGAUUCAAAUAUUAUUUACAAUACAACAUUUUAACUUAUGUUCACCCCUCUCUUCCUAGGUGGGCAUCUGAAGCCAAGCCAAAAUGACUUGCCCAACCCGAGACAUCCCCAUCCACAGCUGGCCAGGCUCCUACUACAUCAACAUUGAGAAGCGCUGGGAUGCCGGCACCCUGUCCCUGACCCGCACCAUGCUGCGCUUCACCUCAGACCAGAGCAAAGAGAACCUGGUCGGCUUCCGCCUCUCCAGGAUCAUGGAGAUCAAGAUGGAGUCGUCCAGCUUCAUCUUCAGCACUCUGACCGUGUUGGAGCAGGGGAAUAUCAAGCACUGGUUCGGCUCGCUGCGGCCCAACCGGGUGGUAGUCUACAAUGUCCUGGAGCAUUUCUGGAGGGAGAGGUUGUUGUCCCCUUCUGCUGAGGUUCAGGGGGCCGAGGCACAGCCGACCAAGGGGAGGGAGCUGAUUAACCUGGUGGCGGGGGCUCAGAGACGGCUAGAGGACACAGGGAAUGUCCUCCACCACCAGGGAGAGCAGUUUGAUAACGUCAUGCAUGGCCUAGGAAAGAUCGACUCUGAUCUGGGCGUGGCAGACAAGUAAGGAGGAUAUUGAUAUUGUAUUCUACCUCUGGGCCCUGUCAGUCCAUUGUUUUAUAGUUUAUGUUUUCAAAUAUUGUAGCUAGUCAUGGAGAUUUUCUGAAGUUUUGAUGCCUUUCUAUCCACGUGAUGAUUAAAUGUACAUUAUUCUAUAGUAGUGAUUAAUUAUUUGAGAUUGGAUAGCUAUUAUCCAGAACAUGUUUACCCUUCUUGAUUUGUGUGAACCUUCACUGAAUUGGAUGCAUUCCUCAAACUUCUGUCACCAUUAUCUCUGCAGGCUACUGUCUGAACUGGAGUCUCCCCCUUGGUGGCCUUUUGGCAAAUUACCCUGGAAGAGUCAGCAGGAUGUCAAGGCUGAGCAUGCUGCUAGAGAGGCCGCUUGUAAGGGAACAGGAACAGGCAAGCACAGAGUGAUCACCAGCAUACCAGCCAUCCUCUCCAGAGGUGGCGACUCAGACCUGAAGCCUGGCUGCUUGAUGGUGAUGGUUUCCUCAUUAGAAGUCCGAGACACAAACUAUGUGCUCCUCCACCGCUUUCAGAGGGAUGAGGUGGAUGACAUCCGGGUACACAACCCUUAUGAGAUCAGUGUGAGGCAGAGGUUCAUAGGGAAGCCAGACAUAUGCUUCCGACUCCUGUCGGCUAAGAUGCCGGAGGCCAUGUCAGUGCUAGAGAUACAGUAUAAGAAGAAGGUGGAGUACACGAGUGAGUACUCUGCCUUCAUGACGACCCCAGCUACGACCCCAUGUGACCAGGAUCAAGGUUCAAUAUGGAAUGCAGGUAAGAAGUGUAGAUUACCCUCUGUAGUCCCAGUCAGGGGUUCUUCUUUGUUUAUUUUGCACUUUACAAUGGUUUGUGUUUGGCCACCAAGUGGCAGUAAAGAUCUGGGUUUUAGCAUAGCAUAUUGUUCAAUACACAUCUUUGAAAUUACUUUAGGCUCUCUUGAGGCUGAUAUCUCAUUAUACACUCUAGCCUAUUGAUUUAUUACAUAGCUUAUUGAUUUAUAACACAAUUCUGCUGCAUGCCAUGUUUUGUUGUUGUUACGAGCUUUCCCCAUUACAUUAUCAUAGGGAUACUGUUACGCCAAAAGAUGAUAAUGUGUUUGUUUGAGUUGCCUUCUCACUAUAUCUCUGUCCCCCUCCCGUGGCAGCAGGCCUGCAGCAGUACCAGGAGACAGAGGUCCCCAUGACGGUCCCAGCAGGAGAGCUGUCCCAGGUGCAGGUGCAUGUCCUUAAGCCAGAGGUCACUCAGGCUGAGGCUCAGGAAAUCCGACAGGUGAGAUACUAUAUCGGAAUCUGGCUUCUAAUGCCUCUUCCUGUAUACUAAAGCAUUUUAUCCUAUGGAUCAAAUGCUUUAUAACAGUCUGAAGUUAUACUUCCCUAACAUUUUCUAAAUUUUUGCAUUCAGAUAAUGUUUAUACAUGUCUUGUAGACAUCUGUUUUGAAUGUAGAGGAAAUGCAUGAUUGAAUAACCAUGUUAUGAUGCAUUAAAUGUAUGCCGUUUCAAUAGCAGGUUUUAAAGAACAAGCAUAACUUUUCCUAUGGCCUAUGCAAAUCAUGAGAAGUUAAAUGCUCUAGUUCCAUUCCAAACCAGAGAUUCAGUGUAAUGAUUUUUAUUUUACGUACUAUAUAUUUUAUAUAUUAGUCGGUAAGACCACAAACCAAACUCCCAUUGGGUUACAAGAGAGAGGAGAGAGGGAAAGAGACAUGGCCAGUUAUUUGGUCUGACUUUUCUGGUCAGUGUAUAAAGUAUUUCCAUUCGAAGUCUCAUAAUGUCGUACAGAGUGAGCUCCAUGCAUGGUUUAUGGUUGCAAGACACAAACAGUGACGCAAAUGCAGUCAAUAAUUUUUCAUUUAACACAUUAUUAUGGGUUGCUCAGAAUGCUAUUUUCCAUGUUAAACCUCUUCAAAACACAACAUUUUGUGUAUGUCUUAGACCACAUAUGUAAUUGGUUGGUAGUCCGUUACAGGUAUGUUGUCAUUUUCAUAAUCCUCCUGAAACACAGGCUACAGUCUCCAGCCUUGGGUGUUUCUUACUGUCCCAUAAGCAGUUUUAUAAAGCUGAUUUGAAUCUGAGGUUGAAUGAGGCUUUUGUGGGAACUGUGUUUACAACGGAAUAGUUAGUUAGGUAUUACAAGUUAAGUAUUGACCACUUCAGAAUGGUAUCAAUAUGAUUGUAUCUCAAUAUAAUUGUAUAUAUAAUCAUUUUCAAACAAAUCGAUCAUGUUAGUGACAUUUUUCUCAAUUAGUCUGUUUACAAUUCAGGGACAUGUGUAUUGUUUCUCUAUCAAUGGCUUAUUAUUUUGUGCUGAUAAGUCAUAAUGGUUCUUUUGAACUACAAAGCCUACCACUUUCUCAAGUGGUAAAGUAGUAGACUUUAUGACGCACCUAAUUUAUGUAAUGAUUAGUGAGAGGCCCUGGUUGAGAGUCACUUUUAACCUUAUUUCCUACCCAAGUGUACAGCAAAUAGCCCCUUUUGUCAAAAUAUAUUUGAUACCUGCAGAUUAUCAGUUGGUUUAUUGUUCAAAUCAGUUAAAUAUUUACAGUUCUUUAUGUCCUAAACACAUUUCCUACAACUCACCUCACCAUUCAUCAGUUUAAUUAGGUUAUUAGCCUACUUUUUUAACUUGAGUGUAUUUUACCUACAUAUGACUGUGUAUGUUGAAAAAAAAUACAAAUACAAAUUUUCAGCAGUGGUGUGAUAAUAUUGAACUUCAACAGUAGAAUUUAGGUCAAUUGUACAGUAUAUGGCACCAGAAUCCCGUAAUCACACCACAGUAUGUUUUGAAGUAUUUAUAUCAGUCUAUUUAUCAUAUUUUCCUCCCAAACUAAAGAAACCUUAGAAAGUGAAUGCAUGCAGUUGUCAUUAAGGAGUGCGUUGAAAUAAUAUCUGUCUGCUCAUUGCUGUCUGAAGCAGUUCCUGUGCACUGUUGCUGUGUCCGCGUUUACUGGCCGCUGAAAACUGACAUAAUGUCAAUGGGUGUGUGUGUGAGCAUGUGUAGGAUAACAUAAUAUUAGUUUAGAAACCACGUGUUGGGGUUUGGAGUGAGUGUUUAUUAAGUUUUGCUUGGCACAACAAGGUUUAUUUAAGUUGUUCCAUUUACCAUAACAUACACAGUUGUUGGAGCGUGGAGAUGGAGUUGCAGAAUUCCCUGAACACACAGAAAGUUGAAAUAACAAAAUGUAAUUGACUUCUUUGUUAUCGAUGACCUCAGGAGACCAGAUGAGACCUCUGUAAAACCACCAUGUGCUUGAGUAUUGUAAACUAGUCACAUGAAUAUUGUGUCACAUGGUGAUUGUGUCAUGACCUAGUGAUGCAAGUACAGUUAUUAUAGAUUGUUUUGGUUUUGUUGGCAGGCCCUUCGUUGUUUUUCAAUUUACAGCUAACAUUCAUUCUGUCUUCUUGGCUCCGACAAGCAGUGGAAGAAGAAUUAUGGCUGAGAGAAAAGUGUUAUUCCUCCUCUCUGCUCAUCUCCACUUUCUUUUCCACUGACUGACUCACUCACUGACUGACAUAACGCCUAGACAAGACACUCCCCCACCCCUACAAGAAUCAAGAGAUUACUCCCACAGACCUGGGUCAAAUACAUAUGUCAAAUAUUUGAGCUGAGCUUGAUUUAUUUUACCCUGUACAAUGGAACAGAGGAAAUAGAUUGAAAAGUGCCAACCAUUAGCUACAUCAAGCAUGUGUGUGUGUGUGUGCCUAUAUGGCUCUCAGAUGCUGAUGCAGCUGAAAAACCUGGCUCUGGAGGCUGAAACUGAGCUGGAGAGGCAAGACGAGGCCCUGGAUAUUCUGACCACCUCUACGGACCGGGCCACCAUGCACAUAGACAAACACACCUGCCGCAUGAAGAGACUGCUGUAA